CCGAUUUCCAUACGUCUUGUGGGCUGAGUCAAGUUUGUGCAGAUUCGUGGACGGAGAAAGACAGAAAAACUAAACGUAAUUAUUCGAUUUGCAUUAAAAAAUUCUACAAAUUAUUGUAAACUUAAAUUGGGUCCCUUUCUGUGAAGUGAAGUCCUAGCCGUGUGAAUUUGCCGCUAACGUAAAAGUUGUUCUCGCUGUAGUUGUGUAAAAUAGUAACAAAAUGUUCAGUUUUUUGAAACGUGAAAAAAACAAUCAAGAGGUUGUGGAGAAUGUGGUGGGGGAGCUCAAGAAAAUCUAUCGCAGCAAGUUGUUGCCAUUGGAGGAGCAUUACCAAUUCCAUGAUUUCCAUUCACCUAAACUUGAAGAUCCCGAUUUCGAUGCAAAGCCAAUGAUCCUGCUAGUGGGUCAGUACUCUACCGGCAAGACAACGUUUAUACGAUACCUACUGGAGCGUGACUUUCCCGGCAUACGCAUUGGACCUGAGCCAACAACAGAUCGCUUCAUUGCUGUAAUGCAUGACGAAAAAGAAGGUGUCAUACCCGGCAAUGCGCUGGUCGUCGAUCCCAAAAAGCAAUUCCGUCCGUUGAGCAAAUACGGCAACGCCUUUUUAAAUCGUUUCCAGUGCUCUACACUUAACUCACCCGUCUUGCAGGCAAUCUCCAUUGUGGACACACCCGGUAUUUUAUCUGGUGAAAAGCAACGUAUCGAUCGCGGCUACGAUUUCACUGGCGUACUAGAAUGGUUUGCGGAGCGUGUAGAUCGUAUUAUUCUCCUUUUUGAUGCACACAAACUUGACAUCUCCGACGAGUUCCGACGCUCCAUCGAAGCGCUCAAGGGGCACGACGAUAAAAUACGCAUCAUUCUUAACAAGGCUGAUAUGAUUGAUCACCAACAGCUCAUGCGCGUAUAUGGCGCUUUGAUGUGGUCUUUGGGCAAAGUGCUGCAAACACCCGAAGUGGCGCGUGUUUACAUCGGUUCAUUCUGGGAUCAGCCACUUCGUUUCGAUGCCAAUCGUCGCCUCUUCGAGGACGAGGAGCAGGAUCUCUUCCGCGAUUUGCAAUCACUGCCACGAAAUGCAGCGCUACGCAAACUCAAUGAUUUGAUUAAACGGGCGCGCCUUGCGAAAGUGCAUGCAUUUAUUAUUUCUGAAUUGCGCAAAGAUAUGCCAUCGGUGUUCGGCAAGGACAGUAAAAAGAAGGAACUGAUCAAAAAUCUGGGACAGAUCUAUGAUCGCAUACAGCGGGAGCACUCCAUUUCACCGGGAGAUUUCCCGGACAUCAAGAAAAUGCAGGAAGUGCUACAACAUCAAGACUUCAGCAAAUUCCAUUCGUUAAAACCGCAUCUGCUGGAUAUUGUGGACAAUAUGCUGGCCAAGGAUAUUGCGCGAUUAAUGGAGAUGAUACCACAAGAAGAAAUGACGCUAGUUUCAGAACCGGUGGUGAAAGGUGGCGCCUUUGCUGGAGUAAUCGACGAUCACGUCUCACCGUUCGGUUACAUGAAGGGCGAGGGUAUCGAUGCAGGCUUCGGUGAGCACGACUGGAUCUGCGAACGCGACAAGCCGCGCACAGACGCCAUCUUUAACGCUCUCGGGCCGGUGGAAGGACGCAUAUCGGGAGCGACUGCGAAACAGGAACUUAUCAAAUCGAAGCUGCCCAAUUCAGUGCUGAGCAAGAUCUGGAAAUUAUCCGAUGUCGAUGGCGACGGUUUCCUGGAUUCGGAUGAAUUCGCACUCGCCUUGCACUUAAUCAACGUCAAACUGGAAGGCAAUGAACUACCGAAUGUGCUGCCCGAGCACUUAGUACCACCGGCUAAACGUUGCUAAUGUUACUAAAGCGAAUUGUUUUCAUUUUUUUUUUCGGCGUCAUAGCGAGCGAUCGUUUCACCUCGUUUCUGUAUCCUAUAGUAUCGAUGCUAAUCUAUUGAAGAAAUACGAUAUGGUUCUAGGCGCUUAAGUCACUGAAACUUUUUAUGGUACCUACCAACUUUUUGACGCAAAUGAAAAGAAAAAAAUGCAAUUAAUACAACAAAGGCGUCGUUAAAAAUACAUUGUAAAAUACUAAAUGAUCUAUCCCAACUAAGCACUGAAGUUACUAAAUAUGGACAUCUGUUUGUACUAUGAGUAUGUAUGCGUUCGUAUGUAAACGCUUUGCAUUGUAUGUGUGAAAUUAAUCGAUACGCACUAAAUUAGGGGAUAUUUGAGUUUUACACCAAGUGAACGUAAUUAGAUCAUAUUUUUGGAAAUCACAUAUACAUACAUACAAAUACGUAAAUAUUACUAAAAGCAAAGCAAAAGUGCUACGCAAUGAACUUUAGAUGAAUUUACAUACAUACAUACAUACAUGCAUUCAUACGUUGGAACAACACUACAUAAAUAGCUAAGCGCUUGGUUGAUAAAUUUGUUUUUGUUUUCUAUAGAGAGUCAAAUGAGAUUUUGUUUAAAAAGAUACUAUCACUAAAUGUAAAUGUGUACAGCACUUGAAAAGUUAAAGUGAAAAUACAUACAUACAUACGUAUACUUGAUGUUUAAAUGCGUUUAUUUACACCGUUGACCGCAAUGUCGUAUGCACACAAAAAGCUACAAAAUCAUAUGGAUUUCAGAAAAUUAAAAAAAAUAUAUAUAGAACAGGUGAAAAAAAAACCCAAAACAACUAAAUAAAUAUUUUGCCACCGCUAUUUUGACUCUAAAUUCAGCGACUUUCGCCGUUAUUUCCUUUUUUGUUUUAUUAUUUUGUAUUUGUUUUGUUUUUCAUCAAAUUUGCAAUGUUUUAGUAAAUACAUUUUGAGCUGCAAUAUUUUUAUAAAUGUAUACAAAUGUGUAUGUAACUAUUAUUACCAAUUGAAGUAUGAAAUUAAAAGAAAAACUAAAAAAAAGCAUAUAAUGCCUUAAAUGAAUUGCAAUCGAUUAAAUUAUUUAGCAAAAUCAGUAACUGAAACAUUCAUUUACAUACAUACCUACAUAUAUGUAUUAAAGAAAUCAAAGUUGUAAACAAAGUAAAUGAAUUUUUAUAUAGAUAUUAAAUGAAAUCAAUAAAACUUUUUUCAAAAAUAUACAUAUUGUAAAUUCAAAA